AUUUAGGAAAAUCCAUUACUUUUCUCUGUUCCUCCACUCUCUCUCCUGGACUCCUUCCCCUCCCCGCAUUCUCUCUCUCCCUUUCUCGCUUUCUCCCGCAGCACGGCAGGGACGACGGCGCCGCUGUCCUUCGACCUUUAAUGACCCCAAACCUGAUCUAAGCCGUGAAAGUUCGUGGAUUUUCCGGCCGGAAGUUCGUGGAUUCUGCGCUAGGGGUAGAAUUGUCAUUUUAUUCUUUUCCGGAUAAAACACUUCCUAAGAUGAUGGUGGAGGAUCUUGGGGUGGAAGCCAAGGAAUCGGCGGUUCGCGAGGUCGCCAAGCUCUUGCCGCUUCCCGAACUCCUCCAGUCCAUAUCUUCCAUCAAGGCCGAUUACAUUGCCCGCCAACAGGCAAAUGAUGCACAGCUUAGUACGAUGGUCGCCGAGCAGGUUGAACAAGCACAGACCGGGUUGGAAUCGUUGUCCUUGUCUCAAAAGUCAAUAAACCAACUCCGCGAGAACUUUGUUUCUAUUGAGAAGCUAUGUCAAGAAUGCCAGACAUUGAUUGAAAACCAUGAUAAGAUAAAGCUCCUCAGCAAUGCAAGGAAUAACUUGAAUACAACCCUGAAGGAUGUUGAGGGUAUGAUGUCAAUUUCUGUUGAAGCCUCUGAGGCUCGGGAUUCUUUGAGUGAUGAUAAAGAGCUCAUUAAUACGUAUGAGAGGUUAACAGCUCUUGACGGAAAGCGGAGAUUUGCAUUAGCAGCUGCAGCAUCUCACAAGGAAGAGGUUGGCAGGCUAAGUGUAUAUUUCGAAGAUGUCGACAGGACCUGGGAGACAUUUGAGAAGACCUUAUGGGGCCAUGUUUCCAACUUCUAUAAUCUUUCCAAAGACAGCCCUCAAACUUUGGUUCGUGCUUUAAGGGUUGUUGAAAUGCAAGAAAUCCUUGACCAACAACUUGCUGAAGAAGCAGCUGAGGCUGAGGGAGGUGGUGCCAUGGCAACAAUUGCUGCAAAUCCUCGUAGAACUGCCAAAAAGUCUACCACAUCAACGGCUUCUUCAAGAAACCUGGCACAACAGAAGUUGAAUGUUCAAGGCAAAGGCUAUAAGGACAAAUGCUAUGAGCAAAUUAGGAAGACUGUUGAAGGACGAUUCAACAAGCUACUGACAGAGCUUGUUUUUGAAGAUCUUAAGGCAGCCUUAGAGGAAGCUCGAACGAUUGGAGAAGAGCUUGGAGAUAUAUAUGACCAUGUGGCUCCUUGUUUCCCCCCAAGAUAUGAAAUAUUCCAACUGAUGGUCAAUCUGUAUACGGAAAGAUUCGUUCAAAUGCUUAGAUUACUCAGUGACAGGGCAAAUGAAAUGACGAACAUAGAGAUUUUAAAGGUAACUGGUUGGGUGGUUGAAUACCAAGAAAAUCUUAUUGGGCUUGGGGUCGAUGAAUCUCUUGCUCAAGUAUGUUCUGAGAGUGGUUCCAUGGAUCCCCUUAUGAAUUCUUAUGUUGAGAGAAUGCAAGCUACGACAAGGAAAUGGUACUUGAAUAUCUUAGAGGCUGAUAAGGUACAACCACCAAAGAAAACAGAAGAUGGGAAGCUAUAUACACCAGCUGCUGUUGAUUUAUUCAGGAUCCUAGGAGAGCAGGUGCAAAUAGUUCGUGAGAAUAGCACUGAUCUGAUGCUCUACAGGAUUGCCUUGGCAAUUAUUCAGGUAAUGAUUGAUUUUCAAGCUGCUGAAAGAAAGAGACUUGAAGAACCUGCUUCGGAAAUUGGUUUGGAACCUUUAUGUGCAAUGGUUAACAACAACCUGCGCUGCUAUGAUCUUGCGAUGGAGCUAAGUAAUAGCACUUUGGAAGCUCUCCCACAAAACUAUGCUGAGCAGGUCAACUUUGAAGACACAUGCAAAGGUUUCCUAGAGGUUGCAAAGGAAGCUGUGCAUCAAACAGUCUGUGUUAUCUUUGAAGAUCCAGGAGUGCAAGACUUACUUGUCAAGCUUUAUCAAAAGGAGUGGAGUGAGGGACAGGUUACAGAGUAUCUUGUUGCAACAUUUGGUGAUUAUUUUACAGAUGUUAAGAUGUACAUUGAAGAAAGAUCAUUUAGGAGAUUUGUCGAGGCCUGUCUGGAGGAAACAGUGGUCGUUUAUGUUGAUUCUCUUCUAACACAGAAAAACUACAUCAAGGAAGAGACUAUCGAGAGGAUGAGAUUAGAUGAAGAGGUUCUGAUGGACUUCUUUAGGGAGUAUUUAAGUGUUUCCAAAGUUGAAAGCAGAGUCAGAAUAUUGGGUGAUUUGAGAGAACUUGCUUCGGCGGAGAGCUUGGAUACCUUCACACUCAUUUACACAAAUAUUCUUGAACAUCAACCUGACUGUCCGCCUGAGGUUGUUGAGAAGCUUGUUGCACUGCGAGAAGGCAUACCACGGAAGGAUGCCAAAGAGGUCGUCCAAGAGUGCAAAGAGAUAUACGAGAAUUCUCUUGUCAAUUCGAAGCCCGUAAAGCCGGGUUCGUUUUUCCGCGAGUGAAGUGCUUAUCGAGCUCCAAGGGAUCCAUAUGGCGGAAGUUAACCUAGUCGAACAUGAACCGCUACUUGCAGAUUUGUGCGUGUAUCAGAAACACUGCUGCCAGUUAUGUAUAUUUGAUCAAUUUUCUUCUUCGUUUUGUUACUUGUGACUUUGUAAGUAUGCUACAUUUCCCACACCAUUAAUUUUUGUUCUUUUCAAUAAAAUUCGUGUUUAUAUUUUUAUUUUACAUAAA